AUGCUCGGCAUCAGCCACAAGGUGGUGAAAUCCAACUUUGCAGAAAACCUGCCGAAGCACGAGUACUGCCCCGCGGACUACGCGAAGGAAACUGCCGCCCGCAAAGGCCUCGAGGUGGCUGAACGCCUGCGUGGCGCAGAGGACGAACCGCAUCUGAUCCUCGGCUUCGACACGGUCGUGGAGCACGAUGGGCAGGUCCUGGAGAAGCCAGAGGAUGCGGCGCAUGCGCGAGAGAUGUUGUCCGCCCUCUCUGGGAGCACCCACAACGUGCACACUGGCGUUGCCAUGAUCCUGCCUUCAGUCGGUGACAAGAAUCGCGAACCCUUCAUGCACGCGUUCUCGUGCACGACAAAAGUAUGCUUCUCGCGUCUGUCUGAGGAGACAAUCGAGGCCUACGUGAAUACUGGUGAGCCGAUGGACAAAGCUGGAGGCUACGGCAUUCAGGGAAUCGCGGGCUCCUUUGUCGAGCAGAUCCACGGCUGCUACUUCAACGUGAGAAUCGAGCGCCACUGA